UAAAUAUUGACAGUUAAAGUUGAAAAGAGAAAUGUUAUUGUUGUGAAAGGGGGCGAUGAGCGAUGAAUUUUCCGAAUAGUAAUCAGAUUUCGGGUCGAGUCAGGUGUAAUUUAUGGAUUCCACUGAUUACCCAACAACUGAGGCUGCGACACUUGUUCAGAGUAAUUGCAUACAAUGUGAAGUCCACAACAACUGUUGGGUUCCACUUUACCCUUCACACAACUGCAAUGUGUGCACCAAUCUAUACCAGUGAAAAGGUUCUCAGUGAGAAUCCAAAAUGGGGAGAUAUAGAAAUUAGUGAAAUUCCAAAUCUAUCAACAAAAGCUUUCGUAUUGAGAAUAUGGAAUGAUUGUGAGUUGAUCUUAACCUGGGGCAUAAACUUGUCAGGUCUAGUAUAUUUAGGCAAUAAAUUUGGAGACAUUUAUCCUGAACUGUUUACUGAGAAUACUGUGAUAUUACACUUACGUGGAGGUUAUUUUACUAGUAUAAAUUGUGUUCGAUGUGAUGUUGCAAGGCCUCUUCCAUUCAUAGACCACCUAAAUGUAGUUAGCACUGAAGAUUCCAUGUACAUUUAUAAAAUAGCGUCUGAUAAGAAUCAAUCAUCGGACGUGAAAAACACGUACAAUCUUAGUAAAUUGCGUAAACUACGUUCGUUACAAAUUAGCAUUCGAAAUAAGAGUUUAGAAGUGCAGGCGCUGAAGGAUAAAAUCGAUUUUAAAUGCCAGGGAGGCUCCGAGAAUGAACGGAAUUGUAAAGAAUCGACUUCAAAGACGAAGACUGACAGUAAUGUUAGAUAUGCACCGCAAUUGCUUACGAUGACUUCGCUGAAUAAAAUGCUGCACGAAAAACCUACGCGAUUGCAAAGGUUGGAAAUGCAGAGGCUACAGAAAGAAAUCGAGGUGUCGAAAUUGAGGACGAAAAUGUUGUCGCAGGAACGCGACAGGAAGCAAGCGGAAAUCCGACGGAUGAAAAGCAAAUAUAGGGGAAUGCAGGAUGAAAAUUCUGAAAAAAGUUCACAAUUGAUGGAGAAUUUUAUGCAUUUAAGUAAAGAAAUUGAGAGACUGAGAGAACGAAAGAGAGAAUGUUCUCACCAGAAGGAUAUUCUCCACCAUAUAACAUCCAAAUUACAUUAUAGAAGGCGACAGCUAAUGUCUGAAUUAUUGAUGCUAUACCCAAUAGAACGCGUCAAGGAUGAUAAAUACUUAGUAAAUUGCGUAUAUUUACCACCUUCGAACAUAAUAGCAGAAUGCACGGACAACGGUCUCUCUGUGGCUUUGGGAUACGUAAGUCAUAUUUUAAUAAUGUGCGCUUCUAUCCUGCAGGUUCCUCUUCGUUAUCCCAUACAUUAUUUUGGUUCUCGAUCUACCAUCGAAGAUCAAAUCACUGCUUCCUUAUCAGAGAAAACUAGAGAGUUUCCUUUAUAUACAAGAGGAAAAGAUCGGAUGCAGUUCAACUAUGCGGUUUAUCUGUUAAAUAAAAAUAUUGCCCAAUAUUUGUACAUGUUAGGAGCUCGAACACCUGAUCUCAAAGCGACUUUAGCCAAUGUUCUAAUUUUGCUUCACGGUAGAGAUAUGGCUAGAUACCCCACUGAUAGAGGAUCACGAUUCAACGAUGUCAUGAGUGAUACAACGAGUCAGUGUAGCCAAGACACAAUCAGGUUGGAAACCGAUGUAUCAUCAAUUUCGAGCCAGCGAUGCUGCAAACCUCCGGUCGAGUACGAAAGAACUUUUAUUUCGCCCGCCAUCAAAGAUACCAAAAUGAGUAUACCGGAAGCCUUUUUAAAUAAGCAGAUGAGCAACAGCUCUUUUAAAAAGUACAUGGAAUUAUGUAAUUCAGAACUAUUAGAUAACUGUGUACCAGUAAAUCAAGCAAUAAUUACUAGAAACGACUGUGAUACAAACGAAGCUACUGCAGGAGUCGAAGAGGGAAAAGAAAUGAUUCCGAUAGAAAUAACGAAGUCACCUGGUGCAGCGGAUAACUCGCUGAUGAAGUCGAAACGUCUCAGCAGAUCACUGGGAUCAUACACGGAUGAGGACAAAGGCCUAGAGCUUUGUGCAAGUAUUGAAUUGAGUUCGGAUCCGUUAUUGAACGUUUCGUCUUCCGAUACCAGCAAGGAGAACAGUGGUGAAUCUGCGCAGCAAGAGUUUCUGCAUAAAUGGUUGAACAGCGGUCCAAUUGUCUGUUCGGAAGAAAACUUGUACCCAGACGAAUUCCUGGGUAGCACCUCCCACAGCUCCGCCCACGACAGUCCACUUACUUUGCGCACGGAUGCCUUGCUUAAGACUACCCCUUUCAAUUUGGUCAAACCAAAAUUUUAAGUAUAUACUUUUUUAAACUGUUAUAUAAUGGGAUGCAACUAAUAGUGAAGAAGCCAAAACCAAAAUCGUAUAACAAAAUCUAUUGUUUAAAUACAAUCCAUUUGUUUAUAGUACUUUAUUUUGCUAUCUUCUUUUUCUGUUAAGGUACAAUUUAAUUUAUUAGUAGUUUACACUCAAGUCUGUUUAUUUAUAUC